AAGAACAUCCGGCUCAGAGCUAUGUCAGCAUCUGUGGCUGGUGUUAAAUUGCAUUUCGCUGACCCCUGUCAACUCGUAAGAACAUCCGGCCCAGAGCUAUAUCAUCGUCUGGAGCUGGUAUCGUUGGCCUCUGUUAACUUACAUAUAUCUUUAUAUAACAACAGAACAACAAUAAAGAAAAGACGUCACCGAAAACUACAGCCAAUUGUCGCCGGGAAUUGUCGCCACGCUGAAAAAAAUGUAUACAAAUGGCACCUAAGACUUUCAAAAACGACGGAAAGAAAACUUUAUGAGAGUAACCUCAGCAAUAAGGAGCGCGCAGCGACUGAAUUCCACGGCGGAGGACGCCUGCCAGCCACCCCAGAUACUCCCGACGCUUCGAGCUUCGACGCAACAAUCACGACGUCGAAACGAGCAACCAAAGCCGCAGGCGAGACCACUCCCACAUCAUCCGAGUGAGUUCGUUCUAUAACGCCCAGCCUCACCCCAAGCAACAGGCAGAGUCAGAAGCAGACUCAUAUUUGAGCCCCUGAAAGAGAAAAGAUUUGUAGAUUAUUAAAUUUAGUUCUGGCUAGCCUUAUGUGUACAUUCGCAUAUAUAUGUAUCUUUAUACCUAUUACCUUUUAAGAAAAAGCUUCAGUGAUCUCCGACAGUGAUGGAAACGCCGCAAAAGAUAUUGCGUCUGCAAAAAAUAAAAAAAAUUAGAUUUUCCUUAACUCUUGCACGGUAAGGAGCCGUCAUGUUUAUAGAACAAAGUCACGGGAAGGAGCCAUUGACGUUAUAAUUUAGUUUGUUUUGUUAGUUUAUAAGCAUUAAUUUUAUUGAAUAAGAUCUUAUCUAAAUAAGAGGCAAGGAGCCAUUAGUAUUAUAAUUGAGUUUAGUUAGUUGUAAGAAUUAUAAGGAUAAGAAAGAACUCAACUUAAGAAAAUAAGCCGUUAAGCUUCUAUGGUACGUUGUAGGCUGUAGGCGGCUAGAAUAGUGCACUAAUUUAUACUUGAUACCUAUGACUCUUUCACUUAUUCAUGAUCUAUUCUUAUGAGUGUUCGUUUCUUGCUUGACACGCCUGGUCGAAACUAACAAAACGGGUAGCCAAAAAAUGCUACUGCUACCGAAACAAUAAAUAAGAAAUACACGUGUCAAGACUGUUGCAGUAUUACCAGAAGGGCGGACAGUCGUUAUCAUACAUGAUUGUUUUCAGCUCAGUUGGAUGGCAUAACUGAGGCUACACACUUAAUUUUCUCUCCCUAUAAC